AUUUCACGAGCGAAGAUACAGAGGCUGUGACCACUCCGCCGUCGACCGUCGCUCAGUACGCAAGUUAACCGUUCAGUUUAACCGCGAGUUCGCGCGGACGGUUUAGUGCUCCAUAUAUUUUAUUCAUGGUAUCUUAACUCAGUGUGUGGUGUAUCAUUAAUGAGAGACGGCGAAAAGUGUCGACCGCUUUGUGAGUGUACAAAAUGGUGCUUAAUGUGAGAUUUAUUAUCGUUUGCAGUCUUUUUAUUACACAACGAGUUCAGUCAGCGAUCCAUCAAUCAUCAAGACUCGACAGCGCAUCAGUGGAGUCAUCAGAACAUUCAACAGAAUCGUUGGACUCCGUUGGCGCUUCUGCUGAGCUACAUGAAGGCUCGGGUGAAGACCCACCAGGACCAACAGGUGGUAGUAAGAACGAAACAAGAGACGCUUUAAAAUCGGACGGCAGUGAACAAGACCCAGUGGUGUUUCUCUCGGAUAAGAACAGCUACAUCCCUGUGAGCAUCAAGCCACGGUCUCCCGCCGUAGACUCUAGUUGGAGGGAGCCGCCCGCCUGGGAGAGAGAGUACAGGCGACACCGCACCAACGGCAGCAGAGUGCAAUAUAUUGAAGCCGAAUGUCAAGAUGACUUCAUGAAGAUUAGAGUGGGAUUUAAUGGCUCUUUCAACGGCCUGGUAUACUCCGCUGGUUAUUCCUACGACCCGGACUGCAUGUACAUAAACGGCUCCGGGAGAGACUACUACGAAUUCUACAUACAGCUGAACCGAUGUGGCACCCUCGGCAGGAACAGCCAGCAUGAUGACACCAAAGCGCAUCCUACUAAGAAUCUCAUGUGGAACACGAUAACUGUGCAGUACAACCCGCUAAUUGAGGAAGAACUCGACGAACAUUUCAAAGUGACCUGCGAGUACGGAUACGACUUCUGGAAGACCGUCACCUUCCCUUUUUUAGACGUUGAAGUAGCGACAGGCAACCCUGUGGUGUUUACGCUGCAGCCGCCUGAGUGCUACAUGGAGAUCCGGUCGGGGUAUGGAGCGACCGGCGCGCGGGUCUCCGGCCCCGUCCGCGUCGGGGACCCUCUCACGCUGCUUAUUUACAUGAGAAGUGCUUAUGAUGGAUUCGACAUAGUAGUGAACGACUGUUUCGCGCAUAACGGAGCUGCAAAGAGGAUACAACUCAUCGAUGAAUAUGGAUGUCCAGUAGACGACAAGCUAAUCUCCCGGUUUCGCGGCUCGUGGUCCGAGGCCGGCGUGUUCGAGACGCAAGUGUACGCCUACAUGAAGACGUUCCGCUUCACCGGCUCGCCGGCGCUCUACAUCGAAUGUGACGUGCGGAUGUGCCAUGGACGUUGUCCGUCCCAACCAUGUCACUGGCGUAAUAUGAAGAGCGUGCGUAGAAGAUCAGUAGAAACAGAGGCCGCGAGCGUCGCGCCGAGACUUUCUGAGAACAUUUCACUGUUCCAGUCACUGAGAGUACUGCAAGAGGGCGAGGAAGAUGAACACUCACGAGCUGUGGCAGAAGGGCAAACAUGUAUGAAGACGUCUGCAUUAUCAGCCAUGAUAGUAUCGUGUGGGGUGUUAGUCGCCGCCUUAUUAGCAGCGCUAUUGGUCGCGGCGCGCGGCUGGCGAAGAAGCGAGAAAAGGACGCCGAUACAUGCGUAUGUCCCUCACAAAGGACGGAUAAAAUAAAAUUUUGAUAGGUUUCGUAUAAAUAAUUGCCCACGGAGAUUAAAUACAUAAACAUCAUUUUAAUGAGACGAGCAUCAAAGUAUAUCUCUCGCCAAAUUUGAAGCCCGCUCUGAAAUUGUUAGAUGCCGAACUACGCAGUAAAAUUAUCCGGCUGGGAUAUGUUAUCGUUUACUGCUUUACCAUAUGCCUCGUGUUCAGAGCGGACUCAACUGACUGUAAAAUCAGAAGUUCUGAAUUUCAAAUCGUUAAAAAAAGGCUUAGUUGACAAGCACUUUUGAAAAGUCAAAUAUAUCUUUGUAUAGGGACUAUUACCUACUACUUUAUAAAGCAGUUUCUAUCGAAUAUAUCCGGCAAGAAAAUCAGCAAUGUACUUAUUACAAAAUCAUUAUUAACAAUAAAUAAACUGAUCCGAUUGUCUCCCAGCAUCUUUGCCAUAAAUAUUUUAUGAAUCGUCUCGACUUAACAAAUAUGUAUUAAAAUAACACAUUGUUUAAACUUAAGCUUAUGGCCAAAACUCCCGAAGUAUGAAAGCUCGAGUCUCCUGUCAUGAUGUAUGGAAUGUUCUUACAAAAUAUAAUCACUGAAUGAAAAUCUUUAUCCUCAUCAUCGCACUUUGCUAAAUUUUUCGUACGAUGAUAGGGAUAAAUUUCAGGAAUUUUGCCCAAAAUCUAGACGAGGAAAUAGUUGUAAAAUAAUGUGAUAACUUAAACCGUAUGUGUGAAAGGGAAGCCAGAGAGAGUGACGCCGUAACGCGUUACGUUACAAAGCGGUUUACCCUCCCUUAAAAAGUUAUCACUUCAAUAACAUGUUUUAUGGUGCAUAAAGGUGUUUUACAGUGCAUGAAACCUGCUAGCAAUGAUAAUUUAUUCAGAUAAAUAUAAAAGGAGAAAUUGUGAGGAUUAGUAUUUUUGUGGACUAAAAUAUUUCCCCUCCUGUUUGUCCUGUCUCUAAAAUUGUGAUAAGUUAAGGAAAUAUGAUAAACGGUUAGAUCAGAAAUGAUUACAUGGGUUGGUAAAUCAAAUGCCAAAUAUUUAAACCUCGAAUUUAGCUAUUUAAAAGAUCGCUGAACAAAUAGGUGAAAUAGUUUUGUACCGACUAAAUUAUUAGUGAAAUUAACUUAUCUAUUUAUUAUUAUGGUGUAUUUAAAGUUAUAUUUAACUAGGACAGUAAUGUUAAAUUAUCUGACAUGAAAAGUCUUAAAAAUACGGUUCCCAUUUACUCGUAAUAUAUCAUUUACUACUAGUUUAGUUUUACAAUAAACAUUUUUGUAAAAGCAGGCAAAAUUUGUAAUUACAUGAUUUAUUACUUAGUAAUAGAGCUUUUUUACUUUAGUAUUUCAAAUCUAAAAAGUAAACUGUAUCAGUUAACCCUGUGUUAUAGUAAUUAGAAAGCCAUCUCAGUCAUGAAAUGAAAUUUCACUCUUAUUUUUUAAGAAAAAUAUUUAAAAAAAACCGACUAUAUCAUUAAUUAUUUUCCUUUACUGUCCCAGUUAUUUAAAUAUACCGUCAAUAAACCUGAUCUAUAACUGCGAUUCAUCUCAAAAUGAUUUAAUAAUAAUUACUUACACUAAGACCACACGACAAAAUGAAAAUGUACAUAUUAUUUUUAAGUUAUUUUUAUAUUAUUUAAAGAUAAGGAUUAUUUUGUACUACAUUAAAGAAAUACAUAAAUAAGUUUUGUUUUUAUUCCAUUUGUA